AUCCAGCAAGCCUCACUCAGAUUAAACUGCCAGGAUCUGCUCAGAGACCAGAGUUUAGCAGGAACUUUGGAUGCUUGAAGCCAGAAGAAAUGCCUCCAAAAUCUCUGGACUUGUAUUGCCCCAUCUGUAAGGACAUCUUCAGAGAUCCUGUUGAUUUGCUUUGCAGCCACAGCUUCUGCAGAGAGUGUUUGAAUAAAUGGUGGAAAGACAAAAUAUCCCCAAACUGUCCGAUCUGCAGGAGAAUAUCGUCAAUCAACAAUGGCAUUUCUAGAGAGGUUUGCUGCCGCCUGCAUGGUGAGAGAUUCAAGCUGUUCUGUGUGGAUGACAAGGAACUUUUAUGUCUCGUCUGUCAGCAUUCAGGUGAUCAUUAUGGGCACAAACUCCAACCUGUUAAUGAAGUAGCUCAGGGUCGGAGAAAUGAGCUGAGAAAGGCCCUGAGGCCGCUGCUGGACAAACUGAAGGUGUUCAAAGACGAGAAGGGAAACCUGGAUCAGACAGCUGAAUACAUUAAGCUCCAGGCCCAACAAGCCGAGGGACGGAUCAAGGAGCAGUUCAGGAAGCUUCACCUGUUUCUCCACAAGGAGGAAGACUCCAGGAUUUCUGCUCUGAGGACAGAAGAAAACAAGAAGACUCAGAAGUUAAGCCUAAAGAUCGACGCCCUGAGUAGAGAGAUCGCUGCUCUUUCACGGACAAUAAAAGACACAGAGGGACUGAUAAAGGCUCAGGAUGCUGUAAUGCUCCAGAGCUAUAGGACUGCUGCAGAAACCAUCCAACAGCGCCUCCUGCUGGAGAAUCCUCAGCCUGUCUCUGGAGCCCUGAUAGAUGUGGCCAAACACCUGGGCAACCUGAGCUUCAACAUCUGGAACAAGAUGAAGCAUCUGGUGUCCUACACUCCUGUGGUUCUGGAUCCAAACAGCGCCAACUUUGAGCUCAUCCUGUCUGAAGACCUGACCAGCGUGAGAUGCGGCCAGAAGCAGAACAUUCCCGACAACCCGGAGAGGUUCGACUUCUUCCGCAUCGUCCUGGGCUCGGAGGGCUUCAUGACGGGAACCUACAGCUGGGACGUUGAGGUUGGAGACAACACAGACUGGUUUGUGGGAGUCGCCUCGCAGGACGUCCAGAGGAAAGGAAACCAUCCCAGCCGUCUGUGGAGAAUCGGCUGCAUUGACGGUCAGUACAUGGCCCGGGCCCUGUCGGAACCGUCCACAGUUCUGGAACCGAUGAGAAAGCUGAGCCGGAUCAGAGUCCAUCUGGACUGGAACCGGGGGAAGCUGGUGUUCUUCGACCUCAACACCAACACACACCUUCACACCUUCACACACUCAUUCAGUCAGAAACUGUUCCCCUACCUGAACACGGUGAACGCGUCUCCUCUGAGGAUAAUACCUGAGAAACUCUGCCUGAAGUCCAGUUAGAGCACAAAGUGGUGCUGACCCGACACGUUUGGGUCGUU